GGUUUAACUUAGCUUAGUGUGGCGUGACAGGGCGGUCCCCUAACCUGAAAUAUUAUUUUUAACCAUAUAUUUUUACAAAACAAUAAUUUUCUCCGUUACAUUUUAAUUAUUCGUAUGAUACAUAACUCUUCUAAGUAUUAAAAAGUUUGAUUCUGAUUAUGAGCAGAAAGUAAUUUACUAUACCAAUGGCUAUGAGAAAAAGGAGCGGCUCUGGUGCCAAACGUCAACACAAAUGCAAACUAGUACCAAUCUAUGAGAGUUUUUUCAAAGGAGAAGAUUUAACAUUAGCUCACCCAAAUUUUUGGAAUGAACUGUUUCUCAUUAAACCUAUGGUACCUCAUAUCGAAAAUGAAAUUCUACAUAUGACAUCGGAACAAUUAAAUGCUAGUAAAGAAAAUCUAAAUGCUUUGGUGUGCCAUUGUGUUGACACAUUAGUUGACGAGCAUCCAUUUAGAAUAGUAUAUGCUCUGCAGACUUUAGCAGCAGUUAUCCAAUCUAUGUACAAGAAAGCCAAUCAAGGAGACUAUGGAUUUAAUUUAAUAGACAUUCUUGUAGGCUUUGAUUCUGCUGAGCAAAGGAUGACAACAUUAAUGCAACAUUGCAAUAAUUUUUUUAACAGAAAAAUUUGGUUUUUAGGCGAAUAUCCAGAUAGUUUAAAAGCUUUGUGCCUGAAAUUAUUGUUAAUAAUAGUUACCGGUAUGGAUAAUAUCAGCCAAAAUACCUUACUGGAGUAUGUGAUGCUAAACAGUGUUUUUGAAUCAUUAAUUCAAUUAUUGAGAGAUACAGCUGCUAGAAAUCGUCAUGGUCAUGACGCAGUUUUGUUAUUAACGCUUCUAGUCAACUACAGAAAAUACGAAAGUGCAAAUCCCUAUAUCGUUAAAUUAUCAAUUUUGGACGACGAGUUAGCUCUUAAUGGAUAUGGACAAGCUAUAUCAAGUUCAUUAACAGAGUUUUGCCGACAAUUUGCUCAACAAAGAGCAGAGAUACAGACGUCUUGGUUGUCUUCACUAACUAGUAUAGUCGGUAGUAUGUUUGUCGGAGAAGAAGAAACAAAAACGCAACAAGUUCGUGCAAAUAAUGCUUUAUUGUUGGCUCUUUACGAGGCGACACAUUUAAAUCGUAAUUUUGUAACUACUUUGGCCUACACGCAAAGUGAUACUAGUGCACCUCCAUCACCGAAUAACACUUUGGGCCCAAACGCAGUGGCCCCUGGUGCUUCCUCGCCAGAUGUGCUAGCUCAGCCGUUCAAUUUACUGGCAACGUUUUUGCAAUAUUGUUCGAUAGUUAUGCAAGUUAUUAGAACAGAGGCCAUAAUGAAUAAUGUAAAGUUAUGUUUUUUAAUAUUAAGCUGUAUCGCGGAAGAUCAGUAUGCAAACAGUUUGAUGCAUGAUGCGAAUUUAGCAUUCAGAGUUCAAUUACACAGAGUGCCCAUGCAUCAUAGAAAAUUGCAGGAUAAGGCAGCACCCGCUCAACCACUUGCAGCUACAUUACUUGAUCUGCUCGUCGAGUUCAUAACAUCGCAUAUGAUGAAGAAAUUUCCUCUCGAAUUAUAUCAUCAAUGUAUUGGCGUUUUACAAAGGCUGUUGUGUUAUCAGAAAAGAUGUCGCGUUAGGCUUGGUUAUCAAUGGCGAGAUCUUUGGACCGCGUUAAUCAAUCUACUGAAAUUUUUAACGACACAUGAAAGCCAUCUUAUCAAGAAAAUGAACAUAUUUCCUUUAGCUAUUCAGGUGGUAAACAUUUUAAAUUUCUUUAUUACAUAUGCUGAUACAUUCCUAUCAUCACCCAACAGUUAUGAUGAAUUAUUUUACGAAAUUAUUCGUAUGAGACUUAUUUUUACUAAUUUAAAUGCUAUGGCACUUAGGUAUUCAACCAGUGAGUCGUACGAGUAUAAAGGAUACGCACUCAAAUUAACGAACUCUCUUGUCAAUGUGAGAGAUAUAGUAAAUCAUUUCCCACCAAAAAUAGCUGCUUGGCUAGCGAAGGAAAGCUUAUCCACACCAACGGAACAACAAAUUUUAGCUGUUAUAAUACAAAAUUAUGACAGUCUUGCUUUAAAACUACAGGAUAAUUUGGAUCAAUACGAGAGAUACUCUGAAAAACCUAAUCAUACUGCGUUCUUUGAGGAAAUGGUAACUGGAGUGAUAGUGGAUACACGAACUUCGAUAGAUCUUAAUACAUUAGAUACGCAAACUAUAUUAGAAGAGCUUUCAAAUAUUUCAUAAUGUAAAAGCGUAUAUAUUGCAAUAUAUUUUCAACAUUUUGGUUAUUGUA